AUGGCUCGCACAAGGCAAACAGCCCGUCGCAGGGCCCCCAGCGCCAUGUCCAGCGACUCGGACGCCUCAACCCCAGGUCGUUUCUCCAGACUCUCAGGCGCCUUUGCCAAGGACGGCCCCGUCUCCGAGUUUAUCUGGAAGUGGCGAUGCAAGCUCUUCGGCAACGCCGACAAGGACGCCGUGGAGGACUCGUCCACCGAGGAAGAGGUUGGCGGUGACCCCGUCAGCAAGAUCAUGUACGAGGGCCCCGACUCGUCCACCUGGAACUACAACUGGGUCGACUACCCGCCCAAGCAAAUCUCCAAGGCCACAGCCCGCGAGCACGGCCGUGUCGCCAUCAAAGUCUUCAAGGUCAAGGACCACGAGAAGCAAUGCAUCUCCGGCCGCCUGCCCCUCAAAUUCCACAGCAUCCAGGUCCAGAACCUCGCCGUCGUCUCCGCCCUCGCCCCGAUCCUAAAGAAGCAGGACCACCACAUCAGUGAGACGGAGAGCUGCACGUUCAAGGCCCCCUUCCACGAACUCUUCUUCUGCCAGGAUGACAUCAAGCAGCUGUACAAUGGUCUCGGCAGGGAUGACAUCCUCGCCCCGUACCUUAAGCUGUUCGUCGAUGCAAUGGACUCCGUCCUCAAGGAAAUGCACACCAAGCUCGACAACCUCGGCGGCUCUGGCCUCAUUUCCUUCGCCACCCUCUGGACCCUCUUCCCUCGCGGUACCACCGUCUACAGCACCGACCUGGAGUCGGAGUUUCUCUGCAAAGUCACGAAAGCCGACUACGUUACCACCUCGGGCGGCGACUCGUUUCUUCAAAUCGGCGUCAAGGUCCUCCGCUUCAACGGCGACUCGUUCGUCUGGGCCAGCAAGAUCCUGCGUCUCAGCAGUUUCUCCGGCAACAAGCCCAUCAAGCAGCUGCGCCACUACCCCAUCGCCCACCACGCCGACAUCGCCACCGUCUACGAGCGCUUGGAAAACCGCGGCAAGAUGAUGCUCGACCUGCAGGGCCUGCAGUACCGCUGCUACAACAACGUUGCCCUGUACUGGCAGGACAGCAAGACGCUCAGCAAGCACAACGUCGAGGGUCGCAUCCUCGUAGAUGUCUCUGGCUACCAAAAGUACCAAGACGACGACUUGCACCGCACCAAACGCAAGUCCUCCAGGCGUCGAAACGAAGAUGAAGACGACCUCGAUGACUGGGGCAUCGGCGCAUGGGACGAUUCUGACUCCGACUCCGACGCCGAAUCCAUCAACCCAUUUGAUGAUGGAAAUUCGGACACAUCCUACGACAGCGAUUCCGAUGACAACCGCCCCGAGAAGCGUACGCUCCGAAAGCACAUCACCGAGUCCCAGUGCCAGCGCAACAAGGACAUGAUGUUGCGCCGCAAGGAUGACCUACCAUUCCUCUACGGCCUCGUUGGCGGCUACGCCCUCAAGACGAAGCUCUGGGUCGAGUUCUACAUUGAGGACAUUGAACCGCUCGUGUGGAACGAUACGGCAUACUCGCAUCUUGUCUAUGAUGAGCAGCAAAAGGACCUCAUUCUGUCCUUUGUCCAGCACCACAGCUUCGCCAACCCUCCCACCACCACCUCUACCACCACCCCAAAGCCCGCACCCGCGCCGCCCAGCGACUCGAGCUCGACCGCCAAUGAGGAAACCACCGACAGCAUACCAAAGCGCACUCUCGCCCCCAUCGAGGACGUCAUCGUCGGCAAGGGCCAGGGCCUCGUUAUCCUGCUCUCUGGCCCUCCCGGCACCGGCAAGACGCUCAUGGCCGAAGCCGUGGCUGACCGCACCCACCGUCCUCUCGUCUACCUGCAGGCCGAAGAUCUGGGCACGCACGCGGGCGAGCUCGGCACGCGCCUCAAGCGAUGCCUCACCAUGGCCGCCGAGUGGAACGCCGUCGUGCUCCUCGACGAGGCCGACGUCUUCAUGGCUGAGCGCGACCCCAACAACAUCCACCGCAACGAGCUCGUCUCCAUCUUCCUCCGCGAACUCGAGUACUUUCGCGGCAUCCUCUUCCUCACAACCAACCUCUACCGCACCAUCGACCCGGCCUUUCGCAGCCGCGUCAGCCUCCACCUGCUCUUCGCCACGCUGCCGCGCGACGCGCGCCGCCAGGUCUGGCGCAACUUCCUCUCCCGCCUGGCGCCCCAGAGCCUACCGGCGGUCCGCGAGGGCAAAGGCAAGGAGGUUUCUGGUGGGCCGGAGCAAGAUGAGCAGCAACAGCAGGAGAAGGACGGCGCAGUUCCGACGCUGAGCGACUCGGAUGUCGACGAGAUUAGCCUCUGGCAGCUCAACGGUCGCGAGAUCAAGAAUGCGGUCAAGAUGGUGCGCACGUGGUGCGACCACAAGGGCUACGCGAUGACGCUCGACAGGUUGGAGAGCGGCAUCCGCGUGACGAACCCCUGCGCGACCAAGAGCGCCGAGGUCGACCAGGCUCUGUACGAUUGA